CUUCCUGGGGAUACGUCAUAGUUCUCAGCAAGUUUGUUGUGCUAACUAUUGACACCGGGAUUGCCAAAUCGUUCGGUGUCCUUAUUCCGACAAUGGUUAAGCGGCUGGAAUCGGACUAUGCAACCGUUGGUUUGAUAUGCAGUAUGCCGUCUACCCUUAUGUAUAUGUUAUGUCCUAUUGUAAUAAUGUGUCUCAAGAAGAUGAACCGUCGAGUAAUCGCAAUGAUUGGUGGACUGCUCUGUGGAACUUGUAUGAUAGCGUGCUCCUUCUUUACAAAUAUAGUCGUUGUCGGGGUCUUACUCGCUUUAUCAGGUGCAGGGUUAUCAAUGUCUUACAUGCCAACAGUUCUUGUAUUGAAUGAGUUCUUCCCAGAGAACUUUGUUUUUGCAAAUAGCAUCUCGCUAUACGGCUACACUGCUGGGUCAAUCCUAUUACCAAUUAUAACGGAACGAUCUCUGGUAGCGUACGGCUAUUCUGGCGCCUAUAUCAUCCUCGGAGCUCUUACCCUUAAUCUUGUUGCCUGCGGUGCAACAUUACGAAAGGCUCCUAGAGAAAACACUACCAACACUAUGAGCGAAGGGGAAAACAAAGCUGACAUGGCCGAAAGGCAGAGUAGUACCGCUGGAAUGAUAUCCCCAAAUGAAUGUAGCGCAUUUCUAGACGGAGGGGAGGAUGAAGAACCUUCUGAAGACGAAGGCGAUCGGACACGAUUGAUUAAAACCAAGAUGUUGACAAUUGGGAAGCAGGACAAACUACAAAAAGCAGGAUCAACCUGGAUACGUUCUUUCUUUCAGUCUUGUAAGCAGUCGUUCGGGAUUUUUAACGAAUCCAUAUACCUCUUCUCCUUACCACUCCAUUUCUUCAUUUACUACUUGACCUUCACUUGGAUGCUCUUUCUUGUUCCUCACGCUGAACAACUCGGCAUCCCACCCUCCAAGGCCAUCUUCCUCUCUACAAUAGGUGGCAUCGGAGGAAUCAUCGGUCGGACCCUCUUGUUAAUAAUCAUCCACAAAGAACUCCAAGUGUAUGCAUUCUACAUUGCAACGGGUGUGGUAUGCACGGCAUCCCUCCUGCUAGACUUUAUCGGCUCGUCUUACGGAGUACGAGCCGUGCUGGCCUUCGUCCAGGGAUACAGUUUCUUCAUAGUGGAUUGCGUUCCAGGAAGUCUGUACAAAGAUGCCAUCUUUAACGACGCGAAUUUCGGCGCUUCCAUUGCUCUUAGUUCGUUCUUGGGAGGACUGGGGGCGACGGCUGCAGGAACAUUCUCAGGCUAUCUGUAUGAUGUCACGCAGUCAUUCACGAAAGUUUUCAUCAUCAACGGCUGUAUUCACGCCUGCGCUGUCUGCAAUCUUGCCUUUGUAGCCAUCUUGAUCAAACAACGAAACGACAGAGCCCAAUCAUCUUGA